AUGAAGCUUGAGAUUUGUUCCUUCUCCGGCUACAAGAUCUACCCUGCCAAGGGUAAGACCUACGUCCGUCUUGACAGCAGAGUAAGUUUGGAGAAUCGGCCUAACGAAUGCCCUUGGAGUUGUGUGACCUUCAAAUUCAUUAACGGCAAGGCCGAAUCCUACUUCCUUCAGCGUCUUAACCCCCGCAAGAUCAGAUGGACCGUUAUCUACCGUCGUUUGAACAAGAAGGGUGUUACUGAGGAAGUCGCCAAGAAGCGCACUCGCCGCACUGUCAAGCACGAGCGUGCUAUUGUUGGUGCUUCCUGGGAUGCCAUUCGCGCCAAGCGUAACCAGAAGCCCGAUGCCCGUGCUGCUGCUCGUCAGGCCGCCGUCGCCAAGUCCAAGGAAGCCAAGAAGGCUGCUGCCGCUGCCAAGAAGUCCAGCGGUCCUGCUCAGGGUGCCAAGGUCAGCAAGCAACAAGCCAAGGGCUUCGCUCCCAAGGCCGCUGCUACCUCGCGUUAA